GCACCAUUGCAUGAAUACAUGUGAUAUGCCGUUUGUUCGUAACAUAUCAUCAGACCCAGGGUCAAGUUCUAUGACAAUCUACAAUGCUAAGGUUUACACCUCUACCUAUGAGGGACUGUCCUUGGAAGAGAGAAAACGUUUGUUGAUGUCGACUUGUGGCGUAAUUUCUGAGCACACUCGAAAGAUGUGUACAAAGUCACUUAGAUGUCCCCAACAUACAGAUGAGCAGAGGAAAUUUGUCAGACGAUAUUUACUAAGAAUUGAUCCGGAGGGAAGAUUUAGAAUUAGACCGGAUGGGAGCUUGGAAAGUGAUGAUAUUCAUGUUGAUAUUGAUGGCUACGAGGAUGGUGAUGGCCAAGCUUUAAGAGAAACUCUGAAUACAAUGCAACAAUGGGAAGGAAAUACUUCAUCUGCUAAUCCUUCUCCUGCCGACUCUACUUCAACAACAAAUUCACAGGAGAAGAAACGGAAAAAGUGUUGCACUAAGCUGACACAACGAAAGAAGAGUAAAAUAAGACCUUCAGGGUUACAGGCGGUUACUUCAUAUUCUGUGUCAUCAUCUUUACACUCUGCAUGCUCAGAUGCAUAUGACAUUUUAGAUUGAGUACAGCAGGUCCACUAGUUAAUUUUUAUUUUUAAGGCAAUGGAAACAGGUUGUGUGCUUUCAGAUGGUUGACAAUUUCAAAAUCAAUUCAGAUAUUUUAGUGAGAAAUUAGGUCUUUCUUAAAAACUAAGAGGGAGCCGCUUUCUGACAAUUGUUUUUAUACUAUCAACAGCUCUCUCCAUUGCUCAUUACAAAGUAAGUUUUUAUGCUAAUAAUUAUUUUGAGUAGUUACCAAUAGUGUCCAGUGCCUUUAAGUUGGCAGUAAGUAUACCUAAGUAUUUACACUAUACACUGUAGAUAGUAUGUAAACCUAGUACUGAUUCUUCCAUGGUCUCAUUGUGCACUGUUGAUGAAUUAUACUAUAUAAGUUAUCACACAAGCGUGAGUGGAAUUCGGUAAAAUAUAGCGCUAACUGCGACCCAUAUCCAACGAUGCCGAGGCGUAGUGGGACGCUAUAUUUUUCUUUUGUAUUCCACAAGCAUGCGUGUGAUUGCAUUAUCUUCAAACUUACCAGCAAACUUGGCGCGCAGUUAAAACACACAAGACGCAGGGUGUGAUAUGGCCAUGCAAUAUGGGUUUAUAUGCAGGGGCGGAUCCAAGAUUUUCCAAACUGGGGCGGGAUUUUUUUUUUUUUUUUUAAGAAUGAAAGACUGCCAUCCCCAGGCAGCAUUUUUUUCUGCACUACCAAAUUGCCACUGUCAUCAGUGGCUUUUCAAUAGGAAAGGGCAAAAUUUCAUGGUUCUGCUUACCGAAGAAAGAAGUUGGCGCUUACGGAAUCAGUGAAUUUCGCGGAGAUUUUUGUUGUUUUAUGCUUGUGUGGGUACGCCACGUUACUGCGGCCAGGCUACAUGGGGACUGAGACCCAAAAAUGCUUGUCUUUGGUGAGUUAGGGGUCAAAGACGCGGAAACUGCAUAAUAGUCGCUAAAAUGCGUUACAUCGGCAAGGUAUUUUGCCAGAAUUUCAGUAUUUUACUUUCCUCUUAAUUUUUUUAAUUUACAUGUAUCAAGAAUAUAGUACGUUGUUAUAUCAUGCUGCCAUAUCAGGGAAAUUUCAUAUCUUUUCAAGGAAGACAUCCAAUUCUCAUAAAAAGUGAAAAGGAAAAUGAUUUUCUCGUGUCUUUGUGCACAAUACUAAGCACAAGUACACCGCAGCAGUAGCUUGCGGUGCCCAUUGCGGUGCCCGGUGCCCAUGGUACGCCUGGAUUGGUCUAUAGACACCUUGGAAAAAGACCAAAACUCUUUUUUCUUGAAAUCAGACAAACUAUAAUCUUUGAAGCGCUUAAUCAAAGCAUGGAGGAAGGAAGAGAAGGAGCUCGAACGACCCGCAAAACCGCAGAGUAACAAAAAAUACCCUGACAAUGC